AUGCCCGCACGAGCUAGGGCACGGUCCGGGGGUGUUGCGCCACGGCCGGGGGGCAGUCGGGGACGACGGUGGCAGUCACAGAGGCCAGGAAGGAGGAGGAAGGCGGCGGGCGACAGCGGCGGCGGCCCCGCGGCUCGGGCGUUGCCACUCGAGCUAGGCUUGUCUGCAGGCCUAGCGGCGGCCGCCCAAGGUUCAGGGCGGCGGCGGCGAUCGAAGGCGGCGGCGACCCCCGAAAGUCGGUGGGACACAGGAGAAGGCCGCGGGUGUGGACCAAGGCGCUGCGGCGCUGGGGUGGAGUUACCAAGUCUGCUCGGUCCGAGCAGACCUGGGAUGGCCGCAGGGUGGCCGCGGCGCGGCGGCGCCGCAGGAGCGCCGGCGACCCGCCGGGUGGUGCCGAGGUCCGGGAUGGCGCCGAACGGUGCAGCGUGGCUGCGCGGGGAGGCCGCGAGUCAUCCUCGACUAAGCUCGCCUAGCAGCAGCCGGUGCAGCAGCGGCCGCGCGGCGCUUGCGACGCGGCGGUCGGCGGGAAUGCUCGCCGGAGCCAGGAGCGACACCGGCGGAGGGUCUGGAGGUGCGCAAGUCUCGGCUUCCUCACAACCGAGAUAA